AUGGAGAGCUACGGAGAUCUGAUCAACAACAACAAAGUAGUCUUGGAUGAUGGAAACUAUGGGCUUUGGAAGUCAAGGAUCAAAUCCAUCAUAAGAGGUAUUGAUCGUCUUGCUUGGAAGACUGUUUUGGAAAAGUGGGAGGAACCGAUGAUCAAAGAUGAAUCAGGCAAGCGAAUUCCCAAACUCGAGGCUGACUGGACCGAUGAAGAACAAAAGAGAUCAAAGUACAACUCAAGAGCGUUAAGCGCUAUUCAUUGCAUUGUUGGGAGAAAACAGUUCGAAUUGAUUCAAGGAUGUGAAACUGCUAAAGAAGCAUGGGAUAUCUUUCAAAUUCAUUAUGAAGGUACAACAAAAGUGCAGAGUUCAAGAAAGGAUAUGUUGGCCUCUAGCUUUGAGAAUCUAAGGAUGGAGGAGCAUGAAUCGAUUUUAGACUUUAGAUCAAAGUUUAGUGCUAUAGCACAAGAAGCCUUAACUCUUGGGAAAACUUAUAAGGAUCAGAAGUUAGUCAGAAAGUUUUUAAGAUGUCUUCCAUCAAGAUUCAUGGGAUACAAGACAGCCUUAACUGUCUCUUAUGACUUAGAAAAUCUCAGUUAUGGUGAAGUGAUCGGAAUGCUACAGGCACACGGGAUGGAACUUAAUGGAAUUAAGACACCAAAAGGAAUAGCUAUAGCAGUUAGCAAAGACAUAACUGAUCAAGGAGAAGAAGAAGAUGUUGUGGGCCUAUUGGUAAGAAUAUUUGAUCGAGCUUUAAGAAGAAUAGAUCAAGAUCAAAGGAAGGAUAACUCGUUCAAAAUCACAAGUGAGGACAAAAAGGAUGAUAUGCAGUGUGAUGAAUGUAAGGGAUAUGGUCAUUUUAUCCGAGAGUGCCCAACAAUCAAGUUGCGAGAUGCCAAGUGCACAAUUUGCAGGGGUACUGGACACACACAUGAUGAGUGUGUUAGUAACCCUAAAGCUAAGAAAGAAAAGUCUAUGAUUAGCUUUGAGGAUGAUUCAGAUAGUGACAGCAGCGGUGAAGAAGAGCUCCUUAAUUUAGUGGUUAUGGUGGGAAUCACUGAAUUUGAGAAUGGGGAAGAGGUAAUUGAUUCAGACUCAGAAGGAGAAGAAGUCCUUAACAUUGUUCAGAGUUACAAAGAAGUGCGAAACACACUUAUUACUCUUGGAAAGGAAAAUCAAGGAUUGAUAAAAGAAAAACUUCGUCUAGAAGCACUUGUUAUGUCUUUGCAAGAUGAAUUGAUGGAUGAGAAAAAGAUUGCUAAAGAUUCGCUAGAUCUGUUGAAAGAGAAGUUGGUUUUAUCGGCAAAAGCAGACAAUCUUGAAGAAGAGCUACUUAGAGGAAAGAAAAAAUCUGCAGAACUACAAUCUGAAUUAGAUCAACAUUAUAGGAAGAUUCAUAUGUUUGCAGGCACGAAGCAACUUGACAAUAUUUUGAGCUAUGGGAGAACUGAGAAGACUCAUAGAGGAUUAGGCUAUAAUGAGAACAAGGAAGCUAAAUCACAGAAAACCAAAUUUGUAUCUGCUGGAGCGUAUCAAUCUGAGAAGGAGACAUCUACGGGUGUUUCUAAUGGAUCUGUCUGUACCUUAAAGCGUCAAGGAAGAUUCUUCUGGAAUGGAGUUAGAAGACAAGUUUGGAUGAAAAAAUCUGACCUAUAUCAAUCAGGAUCAAUUGUAGCUUCUGGAUCAGGAUUUAGAUGCAAUCUGGCCAUGAUUACUGAAAAACAAGAAGACGUGGAGCCUUGGAUUUUCGAUAGCGGUUGCUUAAGAUAUGUGACUGGAACCAAGAGUAAGCUACAGAAUAUUAAGAAAUUGAAAGGAGGUACAAUAACUUUUGGAGAUGGAAAUCAUGGGUUCAUACAAGGCAAAGGUUCAACAUGUGAUACAGAGCUUCCACAGCUUGUGAAUUUCUAUCUAGUUCAAGGAUUGCAUGCCAAUUUGAUAAGUAUUAGUCAACUCUGUGACGAAGGAUUGUCAGUCUUAUUCACAAAGGUUGAUUGCAAAGCAUUGGAUGAAUCAGGUAAUGUCAAGUUAUAUGGUGUGAGAUCUGGAAAUAAUUGUUACAUGUGGGAGAAACAUACAAUCAAAUGCUACAAUGCUCAAGGGAGUACAGAUCUCUGGCAUCAACGACUUGGUCAUAUGAAUACAAGAAAUCUUACUACUCUUGUGAAUAAAGAGAUAAUUCGAGGGGUACCUAAGCUUAAAGGUGAAGACAAUAUGGUGGAAAGCUUAGCUGAAAAGAAGUAUGUAGUUGUACAAGAUGAUGAUUCAAAUAGCGAUUCAGAACUAGUAAGUAUCACUAAAGCACACAAUGAAGGUUCUGAGUUGGACAUUACUGUUACAAAACCUGAAGAAGUAAAACAAGUUCAUAAGAAUCAUUCUGCAUCUGAUGUCAUAGGAGACUUGAAUGAGAAAAUGAAGACUUGA